AUGGAACACCAAGAUACCAAUUGGAAGACUUGGGUUGUGAAACACUCUGAUGAAGAACAUUACAUCUUGAAUGCCGGGUCCUUACACGAUCCACAUCUCCAUCACACCCUUUCUAAUCUGCCUUUGGACCCUCCAACCCCGGCCGAUUGGGUUGAAGCAAUUGCAAAGGGGCUGGACAUCUGGAAUGAUGGGGGUGACGGGGUGGAAUCUGACCAAGAAGACCGGAGUGAAAGCAGCUGCUCUGAGGAUGAUGACGCCAAGGGGGAGACGGACGAUGAAGACACGGGGAGUCAGGCAGAAACUGGUUCCACCUACAGCGGCACAGACACCGCCGAUGAUGGCGAAACUGACACCAAGGAUGAUGGCAAUUGA